AUGGCAGAAUCUGUUGGACCAAUACUUCAUGUGAUUGUCGUCGGAUUUCAUCACAAAAAAGGAUGUCAAGUAGAAUACUCAUUUCCUCCUUUGGUGCCUGGAGCUCCAAAUGAAUGUCCAUUAGGUUGGAAGUAUUUACCGACCCUUGCUUUACCAGAUGGAUCUCAUAAUUAUGAUGAAGAUACAGUUUACUUUCAUUUACCUAGUCUGAAUGAUCCAAAACGCACAGUAUAUGGCAUUUCAUGUUUUAGACAAAUUCCUGUUGAGAAAUUAAAAAAUCGUACAUCUGAUAUAACAAGAGGAACAGUUCAAAAAUCUGUUUGUGUAUUAAGCACUUUACCAUUAUAUGGUCACAUUCAAGUAAAAAUGGCUUUGAUAACACAUGCAUACUUUGAAGAAGGUGACUUCAGCAAAGUGUCAUUAUUAGAAGAUACAUACCAUCACCUUAAUUCUUGUAUGAGCAGUGAAAGUCAAAUACCACCCCAAAUCUUUGUUGGAUUGUCUGCAAGAGAUUUCAUAUUGCAAUUUCGUCAUAAAGCUGUCUUAUUAUUUAAACUACUUUUAUUAGAAAGAAAAAUAGUUUUUUAUCAGUCACCAGUUCAACCAUUAUGUGCUGCAAUAUUGACAUUACUCUCAUUGUUUCCUGGUAUGAUAGAACAUGGCUUGCAACAAGCUGCAUGUGUUAGACCAUCUAGACCCAUGUCUCCUAUUCCUACGUUUGAUGAAGAAGAAAUGUCAAUAAAUAACAUUGAUAAUAAUUUAUCCUCCACAAAUUCUGUAAAACAUAACAUAUCUGAUACAGUUAAAGAACAUAUUAAUGGUAAUUCUAAUAGAAAUUCAUUAUGCAUAAAUGACAACAAAUCUAUUGAAACUAUGGAAAGUAAAUGUAUGGAUGAAUUUAAAAAUAUGACGGUACAAAAGAAUAACAAUGAAAAUGAAAAUUUAAGUAUGAAGGUUAUUGAAGUUGAAUCAGCACAAGAAUGCACUGAAUCUUAUGUAGAAGAAAAUAAUUCUGUGUAUUCUUCAAAGCCAAAUGAUAAUGUACACAGGGUACAGAGUAUAAAUACAAUUACAUUAAGUACAACAGAUACUGACAAUACAUUACCACGUGAUACAAGUAAUGAUGCACUUUCGGAUGUACGUUUAACAAAUAAUAUUACCCAAAUUGCUCAUCUAAAUAAUUAUUAUAAAUAUUAAAAUAUAAUUAAUUGUUACUAAUUUAUUAAUUUUCUUAAGGGUUAUCUAUGUUUACCAUAUCUGUCCUUACCAUAUUUGGACCUUCUGGCAGACAUUAAUGUUAGAGGUUACAUAGUGGGAGCAACAAAUGUUUUAUUUAAACAGAAAAAACAACUUAUUGAUGUGUUAGUAGAAGUUGAAAAUACACGAAUAGAAACAAGUGAUCCUGAAUUAAGAAGACAAUUGCAUCUUACAACAGAGGAUCUCAGAUUUGCAGAUUAUGUAGUAAGACAUGUAGCAGAACCACGCAAAGAUAUUUUUUUGGAUGGUGUAGGAUGGGAAGGUGGAGAUGAAUGGAUUAGAACUCAAUUUCGUGUUUACUUAUUGAGUAUGUUAAGAACAUCUAUGCAACAAGAUACUCGUCAGUGUGAUCAUUACAAUUCUGCAUUUAUGGCUGCUUGGCGUUCAACAAAUAAUUAUAAAAUAUGGAGUAGUUCUAGUAAGCCAGAAAUUAAUAAUAUGGAACCUGGUCAUCCGUUUGCUGGGCAAUUAUCAGUGCAAGAUAUGAAAUUACGAUUAUCACAUACAAUGCAAAAUACAGAAAGUGGCAGAAAAUUGAAUCAAGCAAUGGCAUCAACUGGAAGGGCAGUUGCAACAACGGGAAAAGCAGUAGGUGGUGCAUUCUCGCAAGCCAAAGGAGCUUUUUCUAAUUGGUGGACUACAUUAACAACAGUUCAGUCAGUAGAGGAAGGAAAGACUGACAAUCAAACUUCAAUGAUGCAUCAAACACUUUCAAAUAUAACAAAUAAAACUGUUAUAGAAGAUAAAGAAAUGAAUGUAGCUACUAAUAACACAGAUUUAGGAAUGAUUGCAGAUUAA